CCCACCUUCCGGGCGUAUUGAACCUCCCCACCCCCGCCGACCUGCGCACACAAAAUUCCUGGUAAUUCGCAAAUUCGGUUCUGCGACAUCCAAAUCCUCCCAACGACGCAAUAAACCACACCUAUAGAAGCAAUUCUACUGGAAGACGGUCAAGAUGUCAAAGAUUACCGUCGCCGGUGUGCGUCAGAAUGUCGCCGACCUUCUCGAGUACAGCAACGAGACCAAGAAGCGCAACUUCCUGGAGACCGUCGAGCUCCAAAUCGGCCUGAAGAACUAUGACCCCCAACGUGAUAAGCGUUUCUCGGGCACCGUCCGCCUGCCGACCAUCCCCCGCCCGAACAUGAGCAUCUGCAUCCUCGGUGACCAGCACGAUAUCGAUCGUGCCAAGCACGGCGGUGUCGAUGCCAUGAGCGCCGACGACUUGAAGAAGCUGAACAAGAACAAGAAGCUCAUCAAGAAGCUCGCUCGCAAGUACGAUGCGUUCGUCGCCUCCGACACCCUGAUCAAGCAGAUCCCACGUCUGCUUGGUCCCGGUCUCUCUAAGGCCGGCAAGUUCCCGACCCCCGUCUCGCACGCCGACGACCUGACUGGCAAGCUCAACGAGGUCAAGUCGACCAUCAAGUUCCAGCUCAAGAAGGUGCUGUGCAUGGGCGUCGCCGUCGGCAACGUUGGCAUGACCCAGGACCAGCUGAUUGGCAACAUCAUGUUGGCCAUCAACUACCUCGUCUCUCUCCUGAAGAAGGGUUGGCAGAACGUUGGUAGCCUGACCAUCAAGGCUACCAUGUCCCCCCCCAAGCGCAUCUACUAAAUGGUGUCUGCUGGCGUAGGCCUUUGCUGGCUUGAUACUGCUGGACAUCAUGGGGCUUAGUUACACGGACAAGAAAUAAAUACACUCGAUGCCCCCCCCCA